AUGUCGGCAGAACUCGUCAACCAGGACCCCACCGGCGACCACGAGGAGCAGGAGCUCGAGAACGGCAACGAGUCGCGCGGCGUCAAGCGCCAACGUACCUCCAAUGCCGCCGACGACGAUGAUGACGACGACGACAAGCCUGGCCGUGAGCGCCGUAAGAUCGAGAUCAAGUUCAUUCAGGACAAGUCGCGUCGACACAUCACCUUCUCGAAGCGGAAGGCGGGUAUCAUGAAGAAGGCGUACGAACUGUCGGUCCUUACUGGCACCCAGGUGUUACUGCUCGUAGUAUCCGAGACAGGCCUGGUCUACACUUUCACCACACCGAAGCUUCAGCCACUUGUCACCAAGCCAGAGGGCAAGAACCUGAUUCAAGCAUGCCUCAACGCACCAGAGCCAGCCGAUAGCAAUGGCGUCGACGGCGACGGCUCAGCCGUCGAAUCACCCGAAGAACAGCACACCGCGCCUCCACCCAUGGCACCUCAAGGCAUGCCACCGCAGGGCAUGCCACGCAACCAGCAGCCCCAGCAACCAUACAUGACGGCGGAUCAGCAGCAGGCAUUGCAAUAUCAGGCGUAUCUCCAGCAGCAACAGGCCGCACAGCAGGGCGCGUACCCCAUGGCACCGCAGCAACACAUGCAAUCGCGGGGAUAA